UGGGCAUUAUCAGAUCCAGAGAGCUCCUCUGAGCCUAAAGACAGUGAGUUGUACGCUAAACUAGUUCUUGGUGCCGACCUCGCACGCGCUUUUGCGAAAGUGAAGAGAAGGAAGCGGAAAAACAACAACAAGUCUACAACUGCUCAACAGGGACAACCAAGCAAAUUGAACGAGUGCGCCACCGCUUGUCCUUUGGACAAGGCAACGCAAGAUGCAU